GGAGGUGAACACAAGGAGGACCUGAAAAGGGGCAGUACAAACUAGCCAUCACACACACACACACACACACACACACACACACACACACACACACACACACACACACACACACACACCGGAGCAGUGGGGAGUUCAGGUAGUAGCAUUCCAGAGGAAGAUCAAUCAAAGCAACAUUAACUUCAGAAGCUCAGCCAAUGGCCUUUCAUUUGAGCAGCACAAACACGUAGAGGUUAAGACAUUAAACCCCGUCUGGAUAUACCAUAUGCAUUCCUGAGGAGUCUCAAUCUGACCUAAUCUGAAGCUAGUAAAUAAACUAAAUGUCAUCUCUGAUUGUGGGUUAGAGAUCAUAUGGCUUAGGAACAUACCCUGAGAGAACCUAUCAGUAUUGCAGGGCUAUAGAAUGAAAACUACAGAAACCAUCUGUUUGUAAUAUAAACAUAUGGAUUGAACACAAGAAAGCCUUGCUUGCACUUUUAGUCCCUGAAUGAUUACAAUAGCUCCAGUCAGAACAUUUGGAUGACCUUUUGACUGAACUUUUUGUUCAUGUGCCAAUGAAACGACAGAGAAGCACCAAGCACUGCCCUUCCUCUCGACAUUGUUGAAAUGUUUUAAGAACAAGGGGUACGCGUGCCUUUAGAGAAAUAGUCUGUCUCUGAGAGACUGCGAUAAACCGAAGGGUCAUGUUUUGGUGACUGGGACUUGAAAAAAGAAAGAGCAAUAUCUGGAUCAGUGAUCGAACACAAAUAGACCAGUGGAUAGUCUUCAAGUCUUUACCGGAUUUGCAAUAGAGCAUAUCCCAGUUGUGAAAUUUUCUUGGCACUUUUCCAUGGGAACUGCUCCAGAGUGCAAUGACAAGCAGCUCCAGGGAGGUCUUGUUAGAGUUUGAAUAAUAUUGUGUGGAUUGAAAGCAAAAGUGCAUUUUUCAGUUCUUCACUGGGCGGUAGCGGGACUUCUUCGAUGAUUACAAUGAAUGUCCAGCAAAAUGUAGAGCUCUAGUUUCACUUUCAUCCUUGCUUCUUCACACGUUGUGAGGCAUAAAACAAGCCGGAGGAUCCCAAAACCACCCCUUACAUGCCAAACUUUCACAGCAGAGAAACAGAAAGCUUCUGUCACACCCAGGCAAGCGUGCAGGCAAAGAGGGAGCUCAGCAAAAGGAGAAUUUUUACCUUGACGGAGGAGCACAACCAAGCUUUGGAGCAGGGAUGGAGUGUAAGCAUGAGCCGGUAAGGAGAGGGGACAGCUGGGGUGGGCCUACUGCCACAACAUACUCCACUCGUGACAAGACUGGUGCAGAGAGGUCCCUGGAGGGAACCGACUUGAAGAAAGAUACCCUGGAGAGGCAUAGUACUAACAUCUUGCAUAAAGAUGACUACUGUGGAGUUAAAGGAAAGCCAGGCAGAACUUCUUGCAUUGGCCAGAUGGAACUGAAAACAAACCUCAGUAGAAGUGCCAGUUUGUCUGAGAAAGAGCUGAAGGAGGCCCGGACCAAGAGUCAAAUCAUUGCUGCUCAGCUCCAAGCCAAUUCCAACUCUAAAGGCGUCCAGCUGUUCAACCGUCGCAGACAGAGAGUGAAUGCUUUCACACUUGUGAGCGUUGCAGGAGGGGGAUCGGAGGAAUCCAAGAAUGUAAUUGAUUCACCUUCUGACAGCCCACUGACAUGGGACAAACAGCACUCAACUGAGGAGUUGCACAAGGAGUUGAAUCACAGGAAUAGCAAGACAAACCACAGGUGGUCAGCUGGCAGAACCUGUGGUACUAACCGUGUCAUGGAGGAUGCUUGCGAGGUUGCAUGUGAGGAUGUAGUGGAGGAGAUUGGACAAGAAAGACAAUUUCUCCCUGUGAAUGAGAAGGAUGAGGAGCUCUCAGAGGAGCCUACAGAAGCAGUGAAAGAUAAGAUUACUCUUAGAAGUGACAAUACCUCUGCUGUUAUAGACAGGGCUGUUCACAUGGAAGCAGGAGCAAAUGGAGUGCACACUGACUCAGUAGACUCCAAUAAAGAAAUCACUAAUGGAUUCAGUAUGCAGUGCAAUGGAAAAGUAUCCAAGACAGUGACAAAACAGCUCUCCAUCAUAAACCGAACAGCUCGGCCAUUUUUCUCUCCAACAACAAUAGGCUCAGAGGCAGUAAGUCCAGUGAUGGACAUCCCUUCAGCCCCAUCCUAUGACUCUCCAUCUUUACCUGCUUUCCAGGAGCCACCUAUGGCAACAUACUUUGAACCACAACCUUCAGAUUGCUCAGAACCACCUUUCCCAGUGCACGCAAGACCUGCUUUCUCUCUACCACCUCCACCUUCAUAUCCAACCCCUCCACUCCCCACCUACUCCAAGCCUCCUCCUGAUACAUCCCACACUCCCUCACCACAACCUUCUUCCUACUAUAUACGCCCAUCUGCCCACAGACCAACAUUUGUUCCUGAGCUCUUAAGUGAAAAGAGGUCUAUGAAUCCAAUUAGGACAGGCAUCCUUGACGAGGGUCGAAUUCGCAGAGGAACCCGUAAGUCGAUGUUUACAUUUCAGGAGAAGCCCAAACUGGCUCCAAAUCCUGAGCUCCUCUCAUUGGUGCAGGGAGCCGAUAAGAAGAAGCAGAAAGCCCAGCCAGAUGCAAUGCAAGAGGAGGAGCUUCUGGCUCUUGGAGCCGAAGCCUCAAACUUCCUGGCCAAGGAGGAGAACGUUCACAAGGAAGCUUCGGUGCCAGAGUGGGCCUCGAGUUUGAAGAGCUCUAGGACACAUGCCAGGAUGGAGCACAAGCCUGAGCAAGCCCUGACUAAUGCUUCGGGGAAAGGAGCGGAACUGUUUGCCAAACGCCAGACCAGAAUGGACAGGUACAUUUAUGAAAACAAGGAGCGGCGGAGAUCUCCUUCUCCUACCAUGUCCUUACCUCCUUCAUGGGUGUAUCCAUCCAACAUGCCUGGUCGUGUCAAAGCCAUUGUUAACACCUCCAAUGUAAGUACACAGAUUUCAAAGACGCUUCAAGCUCAGCAGGCCACUCAUAAAAAGACUCUCCCUGCCAAAAAACCAGCACCCACUCCACCUCCAGAGAUACCCUUGGAGAACGGCUGCACUAAAUUUGAGAUGGAGCUGUCGAGACAUCAGCCAUACCAGCUCAACUCAUCCCUCUUUAUCCUCAACCAAACAAGAGAUCCCUAUAGCACUCUCCCAAGAGCUGCCCCACCUCCUAAGCCUGUCAUUACAUGUAACUCCUUCUCCAGACAAACCUCCCUUCCUGCAAGUUCAUUGCCAUCACCAUACAGUCCUUCUGCUGCUUACAGGUCGGCUCAUUGCUUCUCUCCUCCCAUCACACCACUCAGUCCCAGCACAGUGGGUAGCAUCAGUUCCCCUGUGUCUCCAUUAGCUCCAGAAGGCGUGGACUCACCUCGCUCUGGUACUCAAGCUUCACGACCCACCUUCUCUGCCAAGAAAGUUGGUAUCACCCCACAGAUUAAAGAAGAGACCCCGGCACCAAUCACUAGCUCUGGCUCCACCAACCCAAUGUCCAGGACGUCCAACCUCUCUCGUCAUUUCACCAGUCCAGAUGUGACCUCCAGUGUGGUCUGGUCCCCCAGCAGCCCUCCUAUGACCUAUACAUCCUCCAGUCCCAUCUACAAGCCCACACCAACCCCCCCUUCACCCAGACCCAUCCAUAAAUCCAUCAUGACAUGCCCUUCCUCAAGCCCCAUCCACAAGCACAUUGCAACCUCUACAUCUCCUGGAACCUACUACAAGCCUACGGCCACUUCCCCCAUGUCUCCCCCCUGGGAAACCAGGUGCCAGUCCCCAGCCAUCACCCAGGACACCAAAGCCAACCAUCACCUUUUGGCCAAAAACAUCAUCAAUGCUGCCAAGCGAAAAAACAGCCCAUCUCCUGGUGCACUGAGCGGGCACAACCUGCCCAUAUCCCCAGUGAGUGGCAGCAUCGUGCCUUACGAACACAAGCACAUCAGUCCCUUUCAACCACGGAUGCAGGGCACUCAGUUCCCCAGUCCCUCUCCCACCCGCAUGAUCCACUCUCCAGUGCGCUUGUACAACACCCGCUCACUCACUGACUCCGAUGCCUCAGUUGAGUCAGAGGAUUCGGGCCUGCGCUCUCCUGGAGUGCGCACCUAUAACACCUGCCCCCGUGGCUGGACCGGCAGCCUGCAGGUGAAGAGGGGGAGCAUGCCUGAAGAUCUGUAGGAAGCACUUAUAGACGAUAAUACUUCAGCCUGAUAUUCAUUGUAGACCAGGAUCCAAAGUAUCCCUUAUAUAUUGAAUGUAAAGCUAGAGCAUUUUGGAUUUGCUGAACAUGAUUAACAUUGCAAAUGUUGCUAUGUGGACUGUGUGAUGGAAUUGUUACCCGUUAAAGGGUAUGUUUAACCACAAAUGUCUUCAUUUACUCAUUAACAUGUUGUUCCAAACCCCACAGGGUCCUGAUGUUAAAGGGGUAGUUCACCCAACAAUGGGAAUUCUCUCAUCAUUUACUCACCCUCAUGCCAUCACAGAUAUGAUUUUCUUUCUUCUGCAGAACAAAAAUUAUGAUUUUUAGAGGAAUAUCUCAGCUCUCUAGGUCCAUACAAUGCAAGAGAAUGGUGGUCAGAACUUUAAAGUGCCAAAAAUUACAUAAAAGCAGCAUAAAAGUAAUCCGUACGACCCCAGUAGUUAAAUCCAUAUCUUCAGAAGUGAUACAAUAGGUAUGGGUGAGAAACUGUUCAAUAUUUAAGUCAAAAUAUUUUUUGCAAGAAAUUAUUCUCCCUGCCCAGUAGGGGGCAGCAUGAAGAAUGUGAUUCAACAAAAACACAAAAAGAAGAAUGUAAAAGUGAUCUGUUUCUCACACAUAUUAUAUUACUUCUGAAGAUAUUGAUUUAACCACUGGAGUCUUAUUGAUUAAUUUUCUGACGACUUAAGUGAUUUUGUUUGAGCUUCAAACUUUUGGCACCCAUUCACUUGAAUUGCAUGGACCACAAUAGCUGAGAAAUUUUUCUAAAAAAUCUUCGUUUGAGUUCAGCAGCAGCACCCCAGGCACAAUUUAGUUAGUCUUUCUACACCAACAACAAAGAUAUAAUUUUGCUCAAAUUAAUUCCCACAGUCACAUAAUUUUCAUGAGAUAAGGCUGACUUUGAUAAUGCUUUUUUAUGCUUUAUGGACAUUUUUUGCACAUUCACUUUCAAUGUAUGAAAAGGAGCAGUGUGAACAUUUCUGCCAUGUGUUUAAAAGAAGAAAGUCAAAAUCUUGAGGAUGAAUAAAUGUUAACUGAACUUACAUUUUGCGGUGAAACAUUCCUUUAAAAUUAGGUUUUGGAAUCAUCUAUGCAGCUUAUAAUGCCUUAUAAAAAAGACAUUACAUAGAUUCAGAAAAGUGUACCAAAGAACUAUAAUGGUGAUUACCAAAGAGAAAAGUAAUGUGCAAGAUUUUUCGAAGCAGUAUUAGUUAUUAACCACGUUUUUUAAAUGUGCGUCAUAUAAAAGGGAUUUAUCCUUUUGCUUUUUUGUACAGUAUUGCUUUGACAAUGUUUGAGAGUAUUGGAAUGUGGUUGCACAAUGACACAAUUUGUAGGUCCGACUCAAGUCAAACUUGGAAGGAAGUGACUGCUUAUUGCUGAUUGUGAGUCAUAUUAAUGUAAUGGUAGAAGGACAUAGCAAGGUCUUUACAGUUUGAGAGAGAAUGAUAGGGAUUCUAUAUAAAGAAUCCUAUAAAAGGAAGAUGCUGGGGAUUUGAAAUCCAAAGCAGUUUCCAUAUUAGUUUAGUAAUGACAUGCAGGACUGAAAUAAAAUAGCUAGUCAUUUUUAACAAAUACAUCGCACUAGGGUGUGAAAUAGGAAAGAGGAGAUAAUACAAAGCAUAAGGAAGUCUAUACAGCCUGAUUUGACAAGAGGGCAAAAUGAGGAGAAGAGAUAAACUGAAUUCUUGCAGAGAUGUAUAUAUGAGUUAAAGGAACAGUACACAAAAAAUAAAAACAUUCUGUUACCAUUUACUUACCCUCAUUUUGUUCCAAACCUGCAUGACAUUCUUUCAUCUGUGGAACACAAAAAUCUUUUGAAUGUUAGCGUCUGUCACCAUUCACUUUCAUUGUUUGAAAAACAAAAAGGAUGCAAUCAAAGUGAAUGGUGACUGAGGUUAAUGUUUUGCCUAACAUCUCCUUUUAUGUUCCAUAAAACUAAGACAGUCGUACAGGUUUGGAACUACAUGAGGUUGAGUAAAUGUUUGAGUUUGGGGGAAUUAUCUUUUUAAAUUUCACAUAGCAUUGCAGUUUAUCACACAAAAGGGACUAAAGUAAUUCUACCUUUAGGGUGACGAGUACUCAGUUGGUACAGUAAGGUAAGGUAGUUGAUUUUGUUUUACACAUUGCACACAAUAAAAUAUUUAUGGGGUACUUUUAAGGUCUAUCAUAUAUUUAAACUUCACCUCGGGGGCUAUCAGUUUGUCUACAGCAUGCAUUACACUAGUCUCUCACAAAACACAUGGUAUACUAUGUUUUAGUAAAAGGUAUUUCACACUUCAGAACUUGAUACCAAAUAUUCCCUGACGUAGUUCUGAAAUCACAGAUUGAAAUCUGCCUGAGCUCAUCACUAGCACUCAUGUAAGGAUUGAAUCUCAUGGGUAAUUUUUGCUAAGUGUGCUCAUGUUGGCAUCCACUGAAUACUGGAUCACAGCACAUGAGAAAGUGAUUCUCUAUGUUGGUACAUACUCAACUGUCUAAGUAUUUGCAUGUAGGCAUAGUUUGAUUGACAGCUGCUGCAAAGUGACUUGGCACCUUUGGCGAAUAAUCUCAGUAUCAAUUAUGCUUUACAACCCCUGUGAACUGGUGUGAUCCUUCAUUUGGACUUCUGGGAGAUGUUAUGCAUGAUUCAACAUCUAUUUCCAUUUUCUUUAAAGUUUGAUAUCAUGUUUGAGUAACCAGCCUCAAUAUUCUCUCUCUUUCUGCAAUUCCUUGUAAAUUAAAUUAAUAAACACAAAUAAAUGAUGUCAUCUU